AUGGGCUGGGCCGAGUCCGGGCUCGAGCACCCGGGACGGUGGGUCCCGGUGCUGGCUGUCCUGCUGGGAGCCUGCCGAGCACACCCCAUCCCCGACUCCAGCCCCCUCCUCCAGUUUGGGGGCCAGGUGCGGCAGCGCUACCUCUACACGGAUGAUGCCCGAGCGACGGAGGCCCACCUGGAGAUCAGGGGAGACGGCACCGUGGUGGGAGCUGCCCACCGGAGCCCAGACAGUCUCCUGCAGCUGAAAGCCCUGAAGCCUGGCAUCAUUCAGAUCUUGGGGGUCAGGACAUCCCGGUUCCUGUGCCAGGGCUCUGACGGGAUGCUGUACGGGUCGCUCCAUUUCGAUCCAGCCGCCUGCAGCUUCCGGGAGUUGCUUCUGGAAGAUGGAUACAACAUUUACCAGUCGGAAGCCCAUGGCCUUCCAGUCCGCCUGCCCCCCCACAACUCCCCAAUGGGGGACCCAGCCUCCCGAGGACCAGCCCGCUUCCUGCCACUGCCGGGCCUGCUCCCAGCGGCCCCAGAGCCCCCUGUGAUCCCUGGGCCACCCGACGUGGGCUCCUCGGACCCACUGAGCAUGGUGGGGCCCUCCCAGGGCCGCAGCCCCAGCUACACCUCUUAA